CUUGUACUCCAGAUUUCCAGUGGCCAAGCAGUCCAGGAAAGCUGAGCUCCUGUGUCUGGGCAGAGGCAGGGAGCAAGGCAUGGAGAGGAGGGGUCAUUUUAAAGAGCACUCGAGCGCAGGCUCCAGUCUCCUUUGCUCGCUGUGACAGCAAAGUAUCUCAUUGGAAACCACAAGCUGGGACUUACUAAGUGGCCUCUGACCUUUCUCUCUCUUUUUUACCACAAUUCCUCACUUUUUGUGUUUGCAUUUUCCAAGGAAGACGCAUUUUCACUGACAGCUUCUUGGACAGCUCUGGAACAACAUUUUUCUGAGGAGGCAAGCUCUUGGCUGUGAUAUUUCAUUGCAGUCAUGGCUCCUAAGAAGAAGAAUGUGAAAAAGAACAAAGCAGAUGUCAAUGAAACUACUAUCAUCGUGGAAGAUGGCCCCCUCAGUAAACUAAAUGGCUUGAAUGGACUCUUGGAAGGAGGAAAUGGUUUCAGCUGCAUCUCAUCUGAAGUUUCAGACCCAUCAUAUUGCCCAAAUCUCUUGGAAGGUCUAAGUAGAAUGAGACAAGAAAAUUUUCUGUGUGACUUGACUAUCAGUACCAAAACCAAAUCCUUUAGUGUUCAUAAGGUGGUGAUGGCUUCAAGCAGUGAAUACUUCCACAACAUCUUAAAGAAAGAUCCAUCCACUCAAAGAGUGGACCUCAAUGAUGUGUCCCCAGUGGGUCUAGCUACUGUUAUCACCUAUGCUUACUCUGGAAAACUUACUCUCUCACUUUAUACAAUAGGUAGUAUUAUUUCCACAGCAAUUUAUCUACAGAUUCACACCCUUGUAAAGAUGUGCUGUGAUUUUCUAGUCCAAGAAAUCAGUGUUGAGAACUGUAUGUACAUUGCUAAUAUUGCAGAAACGUACGGACUAAAAACAACCAAGGAAGCAGCACACAAAUUUAUUAGAGACAACUUCAUUGAAUUUUCAGAAACUGAUCAGUUCCUAAAACUUACUUUUGAUCAGAUUAAUGAACUUCUUGCAGAUGAUGAUUUGCAGUUGCCUUCUGAAAUUGUUGCAUUCCAGAUUGCAAUAAAAUGGCUGGAAUUUGACCAAAAAAGAGUAAAGUUUGCUGCCAGUCUCUUAAGUAACAUCCGUUUUGGUACCAUCUCAGCCCAAGACCUUGUCAACUAUGUACAAACUGUGCCAAGAAUGAUGCAAGAUGCAGACUGCCAUAAGCUCCUAGUGGAUGCCAUGAACUAUCACUUGCUUCCCUAUCACCAGAAUACACUUCAGUCCAGAAGAACAAGGAUCCGUGGAGGUUUCAGAGUCUUAGUUACUGUAGGGGGACGCCCUGCUCUAACAGAGAAGUCUCUCAGCAGAGACAUCUUAUACAGAGAUCCUGAAAACGGAUGGAAGAAGCUAAGUGAAAUGCCUGCUAAAAGUUUUAAUCAGUGCGUCACAGUGAUGGAUGGAUUUCUUUAUGUGGCUGGUGGGGAAGACCAGAAUGAUGCCAGGAACCAAGCUAAGCAUGCAGUCAGCAAUUUCUGCAGAUACGAUCCUCGUUUCAACAGCUGGAUUCACUUGGCAAACAUGAAUCAGCGGCGCACCCAUUUUAGCCUGAAUGUGUUCAAUGGCCUCCUUUUUGCCGUGGGCGGUCGCAAUUCUGAGGGAUGCCUCUCCUCUGUCGAAUGCUACGUGCCCGCAACUAACCAGUGGCAGAUGAAGGCACCGCUGGAGGUGCCCAGGUGCUGCCAUGCCAGUGCCGUGGUGGAUGGUCAGAUCCUGGUCACAGGAGGCUACAUCAAUAACGCUUACUCUCGCUCAGUGUGCAUGUACGACCCCAGCAAAGACAGCUGGCAGGACAAGGCCAGCCUCAGCACCCCAAGAGGCUGGCACUGUGCAGUGUCCCUUCUGGAGAGGGUCUAUGUCAUGGGUGGGUCUCAGCUGGGGGGGCGAGCCGAGAGGGUUGAUGUUCUCCCUGUGGAGUGUUACAGUCCUUACACAGGGCAAUGGAAUUACGUGGCACCACUUCAAACCGGAGUUAGUACGGCUGGUGCCUCCACCCUUAAUGGGAAAAUUUACUUAGUGGGUGGCUGGAAUGAAAUAGAGAAAAAGUACAAGAAAUGCAUUCAGUGCUAUAACCCAAAUCUCAAUGAAUGGACAGAGGAAGAUGAGCUGCCUGAGGCCACUGUGGGUGUAUCCUGUUGUACAAUAUCCAUGCCCAACACAAAGACAAGAGAGUCCAGGGCCAGCUCAGUCUCUUCUGUCCCAGUUAGUAUUUAAAGACAGGUCUAACCAGCAAUAAGUUAAAAAUGUUUACCAGCACAGCAGUAUAAUUAACCCUUUAAGUAGAAUUUUUGUGCUUAUAUGGAAAAAAAAUAAUUGGCUUUGCAAACAUUUUAACAGUGCAAACUGGCUGGUUUUCAUGAAGCAAGUCACUCACCUUUUUCUAAGGUAUCCAGAGAUGGUAUUUAGAAAUUUAAAAAGCAACUAUUCUGGCCUCAGAUGCACAUUGGAUGAAAUUGUCAUGAAAUUGUCAUAUGCAAGUGGCUCUUUUUUUUUUAGGAAUUCAGUCUCAGAGUGCUAUGAAUAGUCAGAUGUUGCUCCAUGCUUUCCUAUUUGUGAGCAAACACUUCCUGUACAUUGACAACCAUUUUGGUUUUGAGUAGAAGGUUAUUUGUGAAUGAUGGGCUAAGUGCAAUGAAACUAAUUUCUACUACUUAAAGGGUUAAAAACUUUGGGGGCCAAAUCCUUUUCAUCUUACUCACAAAAAUGGUUCCAUUGAUUUCAGUGGGACUACUGAAUAAGAUGUACAGGAUUUUGAACUCUUGGCCAAAUUCUGGCAGAACAGUAGAUAAAGAUGCUUGCUAAAACUGUCAUACCCAGAAGGAAGACUGUCCUCUGCCUCCACUGCCCUUCACCACAACAAAUCCACGAAGGCAUGUCCUAGGAGCCAAAUACCAAUGGCCACGUGUUCCUUCUGUAGCAUAAGUUAGGUAUGUACUUUAGGACAAAAAUCUUACACAGAUUAAGAAAUGUUAUUGUUAUCAGUAUAACACUUCAGGGUGGCUUUAUAUUAUUUUCUCUAAACAUCUGUUUGGGCUUCAACUGCACAUUGAGCCAGAAUUUGGCCCUUAAUAUGUGACACUAUUAGCUGGACUUAAUAUUAUGUUGAUCAUGCCAUGUACUGAGCUAUUUGUGAUAUUUUUAUGUAUGAUCUUGUAUUGUUAGAACUGUGAAAAUUAUUUGUAUGGUGUGUUUUAUGGGACAGUGUUCUUUCAUUGUCCAGUGCUGCAUUUUCAAUCUUCUGAUGUUUAAUAACAACAUGUCAGUUGAACUCGAAAUAUUGUAUAUCCCAAAAAGAAGUUUUAAAAUACAGUUUAGGAAGUACUGUAUACAUUAAUAUUAAGUAGAGCAGAGGACUUCUAACUGUAUGAGAUGUAGACUGUUAAAGCACUACAAGGGUCUUCUUUAAUGAUAUACUCGUAGUAGUAGGAAAAAAAAUAUAAGCCGUUAUCCUCAGAAUUCCUUAUAAAAUGCCCAUGCAUUUUAUAGUCAGCAUCUGUGCUUCAAAUUCAAAUCUGAAAAAUAAGCUUUCUUCAGUCUGUGAGUGAAGCAGUUUGCUAAGGUUUGUUUUCUUGUUUAUUCAUGAUUGUUUAGGCGCAUGGGAGAGUGUGUUACAAGGUUGUGAGGGAGGAACUUACUGUUGUAAAGUUGUGCUGAAAGGAAGAUGUUGCGCUUAGUUCUUAAUUGAGAUGAGAUCAUGAUUGUUUAAUCUCUUCUUAAAGUUAACCUUCAAGAUCAUAUGUGGAUCAGUCAAGAGUCCAGUAAACUUAAAUGCCAACUUCUAGCUGGUCAAAGAGGGAAGCAGAUAAAAUUAACAUCAAGAAAACCAAAUGAGGUGUUAAAAAGUGCUUUGUGUUGAGAUUUUUUAAAUGGCAGUUUUUGCAGGAAAAAGUAUGUGAUAAAUGAAAUGACUGAGUAAGACCAUGCUUUAUAUUAUCCUGAAACCUAGAUUAGUUUAUCUCCUGAUUGUAACUCUUCCCAAACCAUAGUGGUUUUAGAGGGAGUUUUCCCUUAGUAGCAGCUGGGUUUGGUAAUUCGAGUUGCAAACCCAACAGUCACACAAAUAGUUUUAUGAGCAUGCGUACCUUCUUGAAUUCAGUGGAGCUUCUGCUAUAUACAGUUAUUCUCAUGGAUUUAUAUUUGGAAAAUUAAAAUACAAGAACUAAAUCCAUGAGUAGACAAACAUCAAUGUUAGUGACAGCCAACAUGAAUGUAUUAGACUGAUCCUCAACAUGACCAUUCACUUACCAUGCUGGCUCAUGACAUUUUUUUGAGACUCAAUUACCCCAUAAGGAUAUUAUUUCCUGGGGAAUUGUUGCUCAAUGAAGUCCUAUGUAUGCUCCAAGGAUUUUUUUGCAACACACAGGAUGGGAGAUGCUUGAGGCUCCAGUCAGUAGAAACGGGAAGAUCAAGCCACUUAUAACAAUCAAUAGACUGAGAUUUUGUUAGCAAUUCUCAAGAAUGUUUGAGAAAAAUGUGCUGGAAAUAAGCACCUACUUCAACACAUAGCUUUCUAUAAGCAGCUUUGCUUAUGUUGCAUGACUGAGAUGGGCUCCAUAACUGAGAUUUUUCUAAUGAAAAGCAAGGCUCAAUUUUCAAUUGCCUGUAACUUCAGUUCUCAUUUGAACUCAAUUUUCAAUCCAUUUUAACCCAUUUACCCAAGCUGGGAGAUCUUGUUCCAAGUCUGGAUUCACUCAGAGAAUGCGAUUAAAGCCAAUAGUUAGUCCUCGUAUAGUUCCUUGGACGUUUUGCAAUUAAUCUUCUCAUCUUUUUGCAUAAGUACUCAAAAACAUUGUAAUGCACAGAUUUAUACUUUGAUUCCUCCUUGCAAGAGGAAGAUCUGUUGUCUCUAUUAGUUUCUCUUUUCUUAUCCAUAACUGAGUCACUAACAGGGCACCAAAGGAGAUGCACAGGUGUGAACAGCACAUAAAAGCUCUGAUUUUAAAAAUCUCAUUGCUGGUGGCCACAAUAAAGAAAAGGACACAUUCUGAAAUGCCUGCUGAAAAGAAAAGGGUGAAAAAUUAGUUACUGGUGCUCAUUUGCAAGUGUGACACUGCUCAGAACUCUGUUCCCAGGAAUUUCCUAAAGAAUAAAGGAAAAUAGAUGCAAUUCUAUAUAGCUGGUAUGAGAGAUUUGGUUAAUGCCAGAUGAGUCUUGCCAUGCAAAAGACAUACUUGUCUCAAUGAAAAUUUUCAAUAACAAUAUAGGCAAUCGAUAAACUUAUAAGGAAUAUAUAGUCAGUUUCUGUUGGUAGAAUGGGAACACACACACUUACAUAAACUGGAUGUUAUGCUAGUUGCAGCCUUGGCAGUUUUUUUGUCAACAAGAAAAAAUAUUAACUUAUUUGUAUAAAGCAUUUUCCUAGUUUGUUAAGUGCUAGACAUAUUGCUUAUACAGAAGGGUUUUCUAACUGUACACUUUAAAGAUGGACUGUGAUAACACAAGGGAACAUAUUUCAACAGAAAAAAAAUCUGUAAGUGUAAUGUGAGAAUGUUACUACUUAAAAAUUAAAAUUUGUAGUGCAGCAGUUGUUAAGAGGAAAACAGCAUGUUGGUAUUUUUCAUUGUGUGCUUUAAAUAAAGCUGGCGACACAUGGUGCAAACAAAUUAUUCAUAUUGUAAAAUCAGUUGGAAACUGCGAGACUGUAUUUCUAACGAACGCCUGGUUGCAGUUGAAAUAUGCUUUGUUUUCUGAGCCCCGGGCUGAUCCUUGCUUUCAUAUCAGCCAACUGGAAUGUUUGUUACACCCGGACUGUCAAACCACCUUCACAAUAAGCUGUGUAGUGUGACACUGGAGCCAUUUUUAUCUUUUCUAUUUCAUUACAAGGACAACAACUUGCUUUUUAACAAUAAAUUUCACAGUCUUUUGUUGUAAUCAAAAUGCCUAACAAGAAGUGAUGAUAAAUCAGAUGUCUGAUUAGUAACUGAACAUGUUUUCAUUUGGAUUGUAUGAGUAACAGUAUAAAAAAUAAAAACAUCUAAAUUUCAAGGAAAAAAAUAGUCCAGAUUCUGAAGAGCAAAUAAGUUGAGCCACAGAUGAGAGGAUCUGAGAUGCCAAAAAUCAUUCCACAUGUUUUGACACCAAGGGUUUGGUUCAAAGUGUGAUUCUGUAGAUGUGGCAGAUGUCACAACCUGAAGGGUUACCCAGCCUGCAGCUGUGCAGAGAUCAUGACUGCGUUCCUAGGAUUCUGUAAUACACAAGGAUGCAGAGGCUUUGUCCUCUAAAAUAUUCUACUUUAUUACAGAUUACCACAAAAAUCACUGCUAGCAAAUAUACUGGUAGUUAAUAAAGCUAAUAUGAUGAUUAGUAAAGUCAAUAUGAAUGAAUAUAUGUCAAGCUACUAAAAAUUAUUAUCAAUAAUACAGUAUCAAUUAAUAGUAUGGUGUCAAACAAUACUAGCUUCAAGCAGUGUAGUACAACCAAUGAUAACAACAACCAAGCAGGUAUAUACUAUUACAAUUACCAUAACUUAUCACCAGUGAAGAAAAUUUAUCAACAAUAAUAGCAUCUAUACUUCAUAUAUAUUACAUUUACAUGAAGAAAAUUAGACAGACUUAAGAAGAAGCCAAACCAUCUCAAAAGGGAGGAACAAACUGAUUCUGGAGGGGACAUCCAACCAACCCCAAAAGAGGGGAGCACAGAUGCAAGCAGCAAGAGAAAAGACAGAGUCUCCCUUCCAGACAGAUCCCUGACACAGAGUCUGGAAUCAGCCAGCAUCCCCAGUGAGAGUCCAAGUGCUUGUGGACACUUCAUGUGUGAUUCAGCUGGAAAGUUCUCAGAAAGAGACUCCAUUUUGGAUAAAAAUUAAGUCCUUUUUAUAACAACGAGACUUAAGCAUGUGUAGGAGAUCCUACUUUGAGCGGUUAAUAGAUGAUGUUAAUUUCUGAUUUUCAUCUCCAAUAGCCAAUAGAUGAUUCUGUUUUCUACUUUUCCAGAGCAAUUUUAUAUUUCUAUGUUGUUUUCCAUUUUCUCAGAUGUUAAGUUGUCCUUGCAGUCUCUUGGUCUUUUGUUUAGUGGUGCUACCUUGGGAUGUCUCUGGUUUCUAGGUACCCAGCUGCACUUUUCAAGGAUGCUUGUGAUUCCUAGGCCUAGUCUUCAGCCUCACAGUCCCAUGAUGGCUGACCUUUCUCUGUCAGGAAUUUCAACAGACAAUUUCUUCUGUGCAGCAAUUUUCCUCUUCUAACCUUCUAACAGCAGGUGAGCCAAGGCAGCAGGGUGAGCCUGAUGGCUAUGAACCAGGACCCGUGCACAUCUGGAGCAGCAGCUGGGCUCCUUAGGGCACCUGAAAAGCUGCUACAUGCCUGUGGCUGUGCUCACCUGUGCAUCAAGUCAGGGGGUCAGGACUCAGUUGUCUGAAUGUACCUUGUGCAGAUGCCCCAGGUGCUGCAGAGCAUCUCAAAUGGCACCAGGUGUCAACUUGUGGGCAGUUAAGUCAAGUCUGGAGAAGGGGAUUUAUUUGCCCCUUUAGUCUCUGCACAGCAGUCCAGAAGUGCAUGGCUGUCCUGUGUGUAUGCUAAUAUGUCCACUGGUCCUGGCUGCCUUGGGUACCUUCAGUGAUGAUGAUUUUGAGGAAAUAAGAGGGAUGAUUUUGCUUCAAAAUUCAGGGGUGAUUUUGAGGAGUCAAGCCAUGAGUCUGUAUUGUAAAAACUGCUAGAAAGACAGAACUUAAAAUUAGACUAAGAUAUAAAAGCAAAAAUAUUUUAAGCAAGUCUUGACAAUGCUAAAGCAAACAUAGAUUAAAGUAGAAACUAUCUGGAUCCUUUUUUUCUUAAAAUAUUUGCCUUGUUUCUUAAGGGUCUGAGAAAUCUUUAUUGCAGAUAUAUUUCAGAGCUUACUAUGUCAUCAUUUUCCUUCCAAAAACACUGAAAUAAUAUGAGUGAAAUAUUUACUUAGCAAAAGCUGUUUUUCUGUAAAUUAUCCAUAAUUUAGGUAUAGGUCUUGCAUAGAUUUAUGGUGUCCAUUGUAACAACUAAACCCCAAUAUGUAGAGGGUAUAAAUUGAUAUGCUGCUUCUUUCUGUGAAAUGUUUAUAAGGUAAAUGUUACCCAAGCCUACGGCAACAUGUUAUUUUUUUCAUUUGAAGGACACCGUGCAUUCUUUAAGUAGAAUCCCUAUAUAGCACAGGAAGUUCCACCUGAAUAUGAAAAAGAACUUUAUUUCCACAUGUGACCACGCAGUGGAACAGAUUGCCCAGAGAAGUUGUGGAGUCUCCCUCACUGGAGAUAUUCCAGAAUUGCCUGGAUGUAAUCCUGUGCCAUAUGCUGUAGGAUGCCCUUGGUUAAGCAGGGAGGUUGGACGAGAGGAUCCACUGUGGUCCCUUCCAACCUGAUCCAUUCUGUGACUCUGUGACUCUGUAGUCAUGUGAGAAUAGCUGAGUAGAGUCAGAAUUCUGCUGAAUUUAAUUACAAACAGACAAAUCGAACAGACUGCUUUUUUUGGUGUUAUUUAUAUAUGGGAUUAUUCUGAGCCAAACAGUAAAUUUGUUGAAGUUACUUAUCUAAAGGAAGAGAAUAAAUUGAGAUUAAAGGUC